GUUUGAGCGCAAAGCAAAAAGUCCCGCCGAUAAAACCCCCAGAUUCACUGAACGAAAGGUUCCGAGGGGAAGGUUCACGACAGGUCAGCAGCCAGGUAUGAGUCUCAUACGACAGUUCAUGCAUUUCCCGGUUGAACCUUCCAAUGGACUGCACUGUCUUGAAGUUUAACCAUUGUGGAAGAAAAAUCUAUAGUUUUGACAAAAAUAGGCUCCAAAUAGAGAACACAGGGCGAAAAUGCCCAAUCUGUCAGGAGCAGAUGAGAUUCAGCCUCCUCGAGGCACCUGUUAUAGUUCCAUGUCCAUUUAGUAAUGGACACAAGGUCCGGUGUGCCUUCCUCAUUGGAUCCUCACUGGGACCUGCUUUUCUUAGUGAAUGGCAGGACUCGGAGCUGCAUGUUGGAGUUACGAACUCACAAGGUGUGGUGUACAGCUACACCUCCUCAGGAGUCCAGAGAGAGGAACAGGGCUGGGAGCAGUGCCUCAGUGUGCCGCUGGUGGCCCCCGGGAAUAGCAGGGGCAGCCUAGCUGGGACGCUGUGGGACAGUGAGCUGGAACAGUUCUCCCUCCUCCCCACCUGGUCACGACACAGGUUUGAAGAGGAGAGGGAGUUUGGCUCGUGUUGCUAUGGCUUUGCCCUGUCCUUCCUGAACCAGCUGAGGAGAGCAGAGGGCAGAGAGUCAGUCACUAGGGAUGACUUCACACAGCAACAUGUCCUGCCCCAUGUUAAGACUGCCUCCAAAUACAUCACAGUCUACCAAGAGAUCCAUCAACAUGGUUUCUACGUAGCUGAUUUAUAAGAUGCUUGUAUUAGUGUAAUUUUCAGAGGGGUUGGGAUAAAGCUGAAGGACCUUCUGUUGGAUUUUGUAUACAAUUGGACAAUAAAGUUGAACUUCAAUGAUAUUAUUAAUGCUUAGUUGUUGGUUAGCACAGAUAAAUCCUGAUGCUUUUAAUAAAACAUUUAAAAAGCUGAUGCCAUUAUGUUAGAAAAUUGAGAAUAUGUGUGUAGCAAAUCUGAAUAGGUUGAUGUGUAUGAUAUAGUGAGUCUGUAUAAGAGUAAAAUAAAUAAUAACUGCCAAUU